UUGUAAAGACCACCAUUUCCUUGGCCACAAAGCUAGCUCAAGACAUUUCAGAGCACAAGAGAUACAGGCAGCUCCAUCCAUCCUCUUCUCUUCGUCUUCCUUCCUUCCUUCCUUCCUCCCUCCUCACAGGGGGCGGCCCCCGGCACCAUCGGAAUCGGAGUCCAUGGCGCAGCCGCCGGAGGGAACGCUUAUCUACGCGAUGGUGGCGCGGGGCACGGUGGUGGUGGCGGAGCACACGUCCUACACGGGCAACUUCCGGGACAUCGCCGCGCAGUGCCUGCACCGGCUGCCGGCGGGGAACAACCGCUUCACCUACACCUGCGACGCCCACACCUUCAACUUCCUCGUCGCCGAUGGAUACGCAUACUGCGUGGUCGCGACCGAGUCGGCUGGGCGGCAGAUUCCUAUGGCCUUCCUGGAGAUGAUCAAGGAGGAUUUCAACAAGAGAUACGCAGGGGGCAAAGCAGCCACAGCCACAGCAAACAGCCUCAGCCGAGAUUUCGGGCCGAGGCUUGGAGAUCAGAUGCAGUACUGUAGUGAUCACCCAGAGGAGGUGAGCAGGCUGUCCAGAGUGAAGGCUCAGGUGGAUCAAGUGAAAGGCAUCAUGCUGGAAAACAUUGACAAGGUCAUCGAUCGCGGGGAACAGAUCGAUGGGCUCGUCACCAGGACAGAGCAGCUGCACGACCAGGCUGCUGAUUUCAGGCAGCAAGGCGCGCGGGUGCGCCGCAAGAUGUGGUACCAGAACAUGAAGGUCAAGCUCAUCGUCCUCGGCAUCGUCAUCGCGCUCAUCCUCAUCAUAAUCCUCUCAGUUUGCCAUGGCAUAUGCAAGUAGUGAUCCAUUCAGAUUCACUUCAGCUAGCUAUUUCAUUUGCUCGCUCUCAAUCUUCAGCCUUUACUAUAUAUAAACACUGUAGCUGGUUAAUUAGAAUGUUAAUUUUGGAUUCGGGCGGGGUGGUCACUUCACUGUACAGGUUGGUUCUUG